UCCGUCAUGCUCAACUGAUGCGGGCAAGUUUUGUAUGUGAAGUUUUAUUAAUGUGGCAAAUAGUAUGACAAACCACAAGGGAGAGGCAAGAGAUCCCAUGCUGCAAUCAGACCCCAAAUUUAUUUGAAAUGAUUGAAAGGAUGCAGGGCAACAGGAUGGAUGAGCAGAGAUGCACCUUUCCUCCCCCACUCAAGACUGAGGAGGAUUACAUCCCAUACCCAAGUGUCCACGAGGUGUUGGGCAGAAAAAGUCCCUUUCCUCUCAUCCUCCUGCCGCAGUUUGGGGGUUACUGGAUAGAAGGGACGAACCAUGAGAUGAGCUACGCAGGAGAAGCAGAACAGCCGCAGCCUCUGUCCCCGAACAGCCGCACCAAGCUGGAAUGUAACCCGACAGCGAUACUCUUCCGGAAACACUUUCUGGGCAAGGAACACUUUAAUUACUAUUCAGUGGACACUGCCCUUGGACAUCUGGUGUUCUCACUAAAGUACGAUGUGAUUGGAGACCAGGAACAUCUCCGUCUGAUGCUCAGAACCAAGCUGAAAACCUACCAUGAUGUGAUCCCCAUUUCCUGUCUGACAGAGUUUCCCAAUGUGGUCCAAAUGGCCAAGCUUGUCUGUGAAGAGGUUAAUGUGGACCGAUUUUUUCCUGUCCUUUAUCCGAAAGCUUCAAGACUCAUUGUCACCUUCGAUGAACAUGUGAUAAACAACAAUUUCAAGUUUGGGGUCAUUUAUCAAAAGUUUGGACAGACUUCAGAGGAAGAGCUGUUUGGCAACAGUGAAGAGAGUCCUGCCUUUGUAGAAUUCCUGGAGUUUCUGGGAGAGAAAAUUGAGCUGCACAACUUUAAAGGCUUCCGUGGAGGGUUAGACGUGACUCACGGGCAGACGGGCACUGAAUCUGUCUACUGCAACUACCGUAACAAAGAGGUCAUGUUCCAUGUGUCCACAAAGCUGCCUUACACAGAUGGGGACACCCAGCAGUUGCAGAGAAAGAGGCACAUAGGGAACGACAUUGUUGCCAUCUUAUUCCAAGAGGAAAACACUCCCUUUGUACCGGACAUGAUCGCCUCCAACUUUCUUCACGCAUACAUUGUGGUGCAAGUGGUCAACCCCUGCUCUGACAAUGUUCUCUACAAGGUGUCAGUGACAGCACGGGAUGAUGUACCUUUCUUUGGCCCCCCCCUCCCAAACCCUGCUGUCUUUAAAAAAAGCCCUGAAUUCCAUGAAUUCCUUUUUACUAAGCUCAUCAAUGCAGAGUACGCCUGCUACAAAGCUGAAAAAUUUGCCAAAUUGGAGGAGCGAACGAGGGCCGCCUUGUUAGAGACCCUUUAUGAGGAGCUCCAUGUGAACAGUCAAGCCAUGAUAGGUGUUGGAGGAGACGACGACAAAUUGGAAAACGGGAGUGCAGGAGGAGGGGGAUUCUUUGAGUCCUUCAAGCGGGUGAUGCGCAGCAGGAGCCAGUCUAUGGAUGCCGUGGGUCUUACUUUCAAGAAGCCGCACACAUUCUCCACUAGCUUCAGCAGCAGCUUUAACCACGAGUCCGCAGAGAGCCCCAAAUUCCCAGGGAUAUCAUUGCUUGUCCCAGGCAAAAGUCCCAGUAAAUAUGGACGUCGAGGCAGUGCCAUAGGGAUAGGAACAGUAGAAGAGUCUUUGAUAAUCCCGGGAAAAAGCCCAACCAGGAAAAAGUCUGGUCCUUUCAGUGCCAGGAGAAGCAGUGCCAUCGGUAUAGAAAACAUCCAAGAAGUCCAGGAGAAGUGCAGUAGAGAGACCUCCCCAAAUACCCAAAAGACCCCUGACAGCGGCCACGUCUCUCAAGACCCCAAAUCUGACAACUCGUCCAAUCAGAGUUCUCCGGAGGUGCUCACAACCGCCAAGAACAGUUCUUAUCUCGGUGGCAGGGCCCCAUCCAUCCCCGAGGGUCAUGACCUCUCCCGCUCCUCCUCCAACGCUAGCAGCUUCACCAGUGUUGUGGAGGAGAAUGAGACAGAGGCCACGGAGGACUAUGACACCGGCAUGGAGAGUCUUUCGUCUGCCGGGACGCCACACAAGCGAGACUCCCUCAGCUACAGCACCUGGCUGGAGGACAGCAUCAGCAGCACCAGUACCACCAGUCACAGCAGCUCUCCAGGGCCUGCCAAACCUGAACAAGGGAAGGGGACAGAUGUGCGUAUCAAACUGGAACGACCACACGAUCAUCAGUCCUCAUCGAACUGUUAGCUCCACCAAUGUGGUUGUAUCCUGGAUCUCCAUCUUCAGCAUUCCCAUAAAUCACAAUCCUUCUGGGAGGUGAGACAAGUGCAGGCGUUCGCCAUGACCAAUGAUGAGAAGGACGAAGAUGAGGAUGUUGAGAAGAAAGAAGAGGAGGAGCAGAGGGGGCCUGGCCAGUCUGCUGCUCAGUGAGGGCAAGACUGCAGCAUAUCCAGAAACCUGGAGGACACUGGGGAGGAUGAGGCACAAAGAGGCGCCAGCUUUUGCACAGUGUUGUUUCCUUCCACUCUUUUCUUUGCCUGUUCACACAUCUGUUGCCUAGCUGUACGUUGAUGUUGAUGUUGUUGUUGUUGUUGUUGUUGUUGUUGUUGUUGUUGUUGUUUUUUUUUUACCAAUCUUUUGGUUUCAAAAGCGCACAUUUUUUAUCUACAAAUUUUAUCUACAAAUUUUAUUUGUAAAAGAUAUAACUUUGGUUUAGUUUGUCUUGUUGAAGCCCAGGUGUGCUGGUUAUACAGGGUAAAGACAGUGCCAUUGAGCUCUUUGUAGACAUUUUGAGAAGGACGUUUGCCACAACAUACUGUAGAGAAGAUAAUUAACUGGAUGAUGUAACCAAUACCGCUCAAGAAAGAUGUUUAAUGUAUACAUAAUAUCAAAAAUGGGUAUUUUCUAACAAAACAUCUAAUAUGAUAAAUAAUUGUUCUGUUCGAUGCUGUUAAAUGUGAUUAUAUUGAUUUCUGGGUUAAGUAAUAGAAGGACUGUGUAGCUGCAGCAAAACAAUAAAGCUAUUUCCCAUACAACCCAGAUCUCGUCAAGAUAAGAUUUCAAAUUUACAGUGAAGAAGCAAUGUAUCGUAUGAAAUGGCCUUAAAACUUAAACAUGCAAUUUCUUUGUCCCUCAGAUUAAUUUAACCUCACUUUUCUGACUCACACGUGCUGCAUCUGAUAAUGGAAUUGCAGUAGAAGAUUAAUUGUAAAACUAAUAUAUUCAGACUCAUUUUUAAGCACACUAGUUUCUUAGAAAAUGGUGUUGCAUUGCAGUUGUACUUCAAUGUGUCUGUAUUGUCUGUUUAUGUAUGGAUAUGUCCAUCAAUAACUGAUCUAACUGCUCUGUCCGUCUUCUCUGUUGGUGAGGAGUCUCUACAUAAUGUUCUGAGUUUUUUCUUACUGAUAAUGUUUUUAUUUAUUGAUUCGGUUACUGUCGAUUCUGCAUGUAAACUGUACCUCUCUGGGGACAUUCAGAAUCCUGCCAUUUGCUUAUUCUGUAUGUGUUGCUUUGGAGUACAUUAUAAUGUUGUCAUCUGUAAAGCUCUGUCUUUUUCAAGGGUCGGAUCUCUUACAGUGCAGAUCAUUUGCAAUGCAAUUACAAUAAAACAGUGAAUAUUUAUUUGCUUUUAAAGUGAGAAAAUAACUCUAAAUACAACUACUGAUUUUGUAAAUAGAUAUUCAGUUGGAGUAACUUGUGUGUAAUGUAUAGGCCAUUCAUUUAAAAUGGGGUUCACCAACAUCUCGAAAUAACUGCCAAGUUAUUGUUGUUUUAUUUCUCCCUUAAUUUGCAUAUGAUUUUGAGAAGAGUUUUGUAGGGGAAAAAUAUUUUAAAAGCUAUACAGACUGUUCUGUAAAAGGGAAAUCUCACAGUAUGUCCUGCUGAUCAUUUCAGAUGCCUUAUCAUCACAAACUGAUGGUGUAAGUAUAGACAGUUAAGCAAAUAGCCAGCAGGAUUUACAAUGAAAUGAAUGUUUUGUUGUUGUUGUUUUUAUUGUAAAUAAAUGC